AUGUUUGACGUCGUUGUGGUCGGCGCCGGUUUCAGCGGUCUCCAAGCUGCUUACUCUGCACAACAGGCAGGCUUAUCUGUCGCAAUUGUAGAGGCCCGCAAUCGCAUCGGAGGGAAAAGUUGGUCAGUUCCAUUGUCAAAUGGACGUGGCGUCGCGGAUUUAGGGGCUGCAUGGGUUAGUGAUACGCUCCAACCGCGAAUAUGGUCAUAUAUAACACGUUUCAGUCUUCAAGAUAAGAUUGUUAAACAAAGGUUGGGGCAUACUGCUGUUUUGAUAACGGCCGACGGCAAAAGAAUCGAGUCACCACAAGGAAUUACACCAGAGUUCUCUCCGGAGGACAAAAAGAAUCUAGAGCGAAUUCGAGAUCAUAUCCAGGCAGAGUCCCUAAAGCCUAACGGCCUCCGUGUCGAGGAUGACAACAUAUCUCUAGACCAAUAUAUACGCAAUCUUGGAGCAGGCCCCCAGACAUUGGCCAUGGUGAACCUUUGGGUUCGCGUGAUGCAUGGGCUUGAGUCGACCGAAGAGUCGGCUGCUUGGUUCAUCGACUACUGUCGUUCUAAUCGGGGUCUACUGGCUAUUCGUGCUGACGACCACACUGGCGGCAAUUAUAUGCGCAUCUCCGUUGGCACGCAAUCCAUAGCCAAGGGCAUUGCCGGACUUAUCGGGCAUGGUAAAAUUCACUUAUCCUCGCCAGUCGUAUCUAUCGAAGAUAACAAAACCCACGUCACUGUGACUACUACCGAUGGCAAGUCCUUUAAGGCAAAGAAGGUUAUCGUUUCCAUACCUAGUACCAUGUACAAGGAACUCAAUUUCUCGCCUCCCCUGCCAGCAGCCGUCCAAGAGGUCACAAAUGCAACAAGGCUAGGACACUAUAAUAAGGCCAUCGUAUUUUACCAGCGACCCUGGUGGAGAGACCUAGGAUUUAAUGGUUUCAUUAUGAGCUAUAAAGGCCCUGCUUGUGUUGUCCGUGAUACAAGUGUCGAUGAUGCCGGUGUCUACGGUUUCACAUGCUUUGUCAACGGCCGUGAAGGCGAGAAGUGGGGUAAGAUGUAUCCUCAUGAGCGCCGGAAAGUUAUUCUCGACGAGUUAGCUGCUGCCUUCAACGUGGGGCCUGAUUCAGAGGCAUAUUGUCCUGUCGAGUUCUUCGAACAGAUUUGGCAGCACGAAGAUUUCAGCAGAGGUGCUCUAGCGCCCGUCACCGCGAUCGGCCACUACACCAAGUUCUCUCAUGUCUAUGGAAAGCCUGUAGGUAAUAUCCAUUUCGUCGGAACCGAAUAUUCGGAUGAUUGGAAGGGCUACAUGGAAGGGGCUCUUGCUUCCGGUGAGAAAGGUGCUAAAGAGGUGGUGGAGGCUCUAGACAAUCAAUUACCUAGAUCUAGGCUAUAAAAUGAGAAUAAAGA